GUUAUGCUCAUAUCCACCCCAAACCUUGCACCACUUUCUCUCCAUCUCAACAUGCCAUUGGCCGUCUCGGUCCGGCGCGUCCUCUAUCGCUCUACCUGCCCUUCCCUUCACUAUCGAGAUCACCUCAUCGUACCUUACAUGUUACUCCACCAGCUGCCAUGAUUCAGUUUCGACCCCAGACUGCAUCAUCUCUGUUUGGGCACGGGAAGGUGGCAUGUACCGCGUGUUUAAACUCCAGCAUCCCUCUUCCCUACCUCCUACCUCAUCCUUGCAUCUCCAAGCAUUCAUGUUGUCAUCUUUCCUUCACCAAACAACCCUGGACUCACCUCGUCCUUUUGGAACUCAUGAUUAACAUCUCUCACAGAAGUUCAGUCUGAUGAUGAAAGUCUCAGCAAAUACAUCAUAAUUCAAAAUGGCGUCGAGACUUGACAGAUUGGUCACGAUUCUCGAAACGGGCAGCACCCGUUUAAUCCGUGACACCGCUGUCAACCAACUUGCCGACUGGCAAAAGCAGCAUCCUGAUGAGCUUUUCAACCUUCUAUCCAGAGUUGUGCCUUAUCUCCGGCAUAAGGACUGGGAGACGCGCUCUACAGCAGCCAAGGCGAUAGGCAAGAUCACCGAGAAUGCACCUCUGUAUGACCCUAAUGAGGAUGAGGACUUUGCACCAGUCAAGAAGGAUGAGCCAGAAGAAAAUGGCCACGUGAAAAAGGAGGAGGAAAAGGAUGUUGCUUCAUUCUCUUCCAGCGAGCUUCUCAAACUGGGGUCACUCAACGUAGAGCACAUCAUCAAAUUUGGUCGCCAACUUCUGAGAGGCGGCAAUAUCGAGUAUGCUCUGGCAUCAUUGGACCCACCGGCACGGCUAGCCCACCAAAAGAAGACUCUCAAUGGACGGCUUGGCCUCUUGGGCAGGGUCUUUGAGGAUGCCGAGAUGCCAGUCGUUGUCGAAAAGGAACAUAGCCCUCUUACUCCGCAGGAGUCAGCAAAUGGCCACAAUGGCAACAAGGAGAGUGCCAUCUCCCACGGUCAAAGCCAGCCGGCAGAAGAAGCAGGCUUGAGCUCUAGGCAACUCAACGUUCUCAAGAGGAAGCGCAAGAGAGAGUUGCAGAAGGCUGCUCAAGGAAAAGGGGGGUUUGGCGAUUUAACCAUGAGAAGGACGACAACAGCAGGAUCCGAAGGUUUCGACGAAACACCAGCAGCAGACGCCGACACAAAGCAGAAGAACGGGAAGGUCAAUGACUACUUCAACUUGGACAGACCAGCAGACGUCGAUGAGGAAUCAAAGGUCGUCAGCGAAUUCAAGGGACAAGUGAUACCGAUCAAGUCCGAAAUCGAGGUUGACGAGACAAUGGAGGGUGCUGAGUGGCCCUACGACAGACUUUGCGAUUUCCUCAAGGUCGAUCUUUUUGACCCUUCCUGGGAGACUCGCCACGGGGCUGCGAUGGGCAUUCGGGAAGUGAUUCGUGUGCAUGGAGGUGGAGCUGGCAGAGUUCGUUCAAAAUCACGGGCUGAGAAUGACCGCUUGAACCAGUCUUGGCUGGACGAUUUGGCAUGCAGACUUUGCUGCGUCCUUAUGCUGGACAGAUUCACCGACUACAGUUCCGAUACCUCAGUCGCUCCGAUCCGCGAAACCAUAGGACAAUCUCUCGGGUCGGUCCUUCGCCAUAUCCCGGCAGAAUCUGUUCACGGCAUCUACAAGAUUCUCUACCAAAUGGUCAUGCAGGAUGAUCUCCAGCUCGAUAUGCUUCAGUGGUCUGUUUGCCACGGUGGCAUGGUUGGACUGAGAUACGUCGUAGCGGUUAGGAAGGACCUUUUGCUGGAGGACAGUGAGAUGAUCGAUGGCGUUGUCCGUCUAGUCAUGAAGGGGCUGGAGGAACAUGACGACGAUGUCAGAGCAGUGAGCGCCGCGACCUUGCUCCCCAUGACCAAGGAGUUCGUCACAUUACGCCCUGGAUCCAUUGACAGCCUCAUCAACAUCAUGUGGGGCAGCUUGGCCGAUCUUGGUGACGACCUCAGUGCCAGCACUGGUAAGAUCAUGGAUCUACUUGCCACACUCUGCAGUUACCCCGAAGUUCUGCAGGCCAUGGAGACGUCCGCUGCGCAGGAUGAGGAGCGUUCGUUCACCUUGCUGGUGCCGCGCCUGUACCCCUUCCUACGACACACCAUCACUUCCGUUCGCUUAGCUGUGCUGAAGGCUUUGAUGACAUUCGCGAAUCUGGGAGCUGAGAACUCACGAGGCUGGCUCAACGGAAGAAUUCUACGACUGAUCUUCCAGAACGUCUUGGUUGAGAGGGAUAGAGAAACACUGGCGAUGUCAUUGGACGUUUGGACAGCACUGGUUCGCUCACUUGCACAGACGCCCGAGAUUCUUGCCGACGAGUUCGCUGCACACGUCGAGCCUCUGAUGAGACUUACACUACACCCAAUUGGUGUGUCCCGGCAUCCCUUACCCAUGCCCGCCCACCUAUUCCAAAAGCCAUCGGGCGGCACUUAUGCACCUGUCGCCGUCACACCUGCCCGGAAGGCCUCUUCCCCUGACGGGCCCGAGAGAGCAAACAAGCGUCGGCGCAAAUCUGCCAAGACGGAUGACGUUCCAGUAACCUCUCAUACCCACGACGUUGACGGGCACAUGAUCCAGGGAGAUGUGGACCUCGUCGGCAUGGAUACUCUGAUUCGAUCGAGAGUAUCAGCCGCCAAAGCCAUGGGCCUGAUCAUGUCCUUCAUUCCUAUUGCCAGCCUUGCCGAGUACGACCAGCUACUUCUCGCCGGUAUCUCCGACCGGGCUUCAUCCACACAGCUCUCAGCAUGUAUGGUCAUUGAUGAGUAUGCUACCAACGGCCCAGCCGAAGGAGCACAAAGAUACGCAGCGCCUCUGCAGAAGAUCAUUGAGACUGAACGUCCUGCUCACUACGGCGACCUCGUCAGCUUCAUGCAUCGGGUGCGAUCCCAAUGUCAACAACUUCUCAACAUGUUCCGCGAUCACGGCAAAGUGUCUAGUGGACGGCUUCCGACACUGGCUGUUCUUGUUCAAGGUGACGAGCAAGCAGGUCCAGGUGCCUUCUCCAUUGUCGUUGCAGACAAGGUCGUUGGAGAGGAUUUCGACAAGCUCAAGAAGGCCAUGUCUCCAGGACAGCGUCUGGUUGCUAGCCAGAUGCUCAGCGAGGCCAGGGAAGUGGCCGUUUCUGCGAUCACUGACGCCAAGGCCGCCAAGGACUCACGGGAUGUUCGCAUCAAAGCAGGUGCAGCUUGCGCCUUGGUUGCGAUCAAGGCCCUGCCCAAGAAGCCCAGCCCACUGAUCAAGGGCAUCAUGGACAGCAUCAAGACAGAGGAAAACCAGGUGCUCCAGAGCCGGGCGUCGGCGACCAUUGCAAGACUUGUGCAAGUGUUCAACGAGAUGGGUCGUCGCGGACCAGCCGACAAGGUUGUUUCCAACCUGAUCAAGUUCUCCUGUGUGGAGGUCGCCGAGACUCCAGAAUUCCCUGUCCACGCAGCCAAGACGGAUUGCGUGCUUUCAAUGCAGAAAGAAGAAGAUCGAGUCGAUCAUGCGGACGCUGCCAAGUGGGCAAAAGAAGUCAAGGCUGCUCGCAUCACCCGUCGUGGCGCUAAGGAGGCGCUGGAGAUUCUUUCCAAGACCUACGGCGCCGAGCUGCUCACGGCCGUACCUACUAUCAGGGUAUUCAUGGAGGACCCUCUUGUCAAAGCAUUCUCUGGCGCAUUGCCGGCUGAGGCCAAGGACCCCGAGAAUACAUUUGGCCAAGAAAUUGUUGACGCCUUGUCCCUUAUUCGGACGCUGAUGCCAACACUUGACAAGGCCAUGCAUCCAUUUAUCAUGGAAAAGGUGCCGUUGGUGAUCAAGGCCCUCCAUUCCGAGCUCUCCGUCUUUCGCUACAUGGCAGCGAAAUGCAUGGCUACAAUUUGUAGCGUUAUUACUGUCGAGGGUAUGACAGCUCUCGUCGAAAACGUCUUGCCAUCCAUCAGCAACCCUAUCGACCUCAACUUCCGUCAAGGUGCGAUCGAAGCCAUUUACCACUUGAUUGCCGUGAUGGGCGAUGCCAUUCUUCCCUACGUUAUCUUCCUCAUUGUCCCCGUUUUGGGCCGCAUGAGCGACUCCGAUAACGAGAUUCGCCUCAUUGCGACAACCUCUUUUGCAACAUUGGUCAAGCUCGUACCCCUGGAGGCAGGCAUUCCAGACCCCCCAGGUCUGUCUGAAGAGCUGCUCAAGGGUAGAGAUCGCGAACGAACCUUUAUUUCCCAACUGCUGGACCCCAAGAAAGUGGAAUCGUUCCAGAUUCCCGUCGCUAUCAAGGCAGAACUUCGUUCCUACCAGCAAGAUGGUGUCAACUGGCUUCACUUCCUCAACAAGUACCACUUGCACGGCAUUCUUUGCGACGACAUGGGUCUUGGAAAGACCUUGCAAACCAUUUGCAUGGUUGCCAGCGACCAUCACCAGCGCGCUGAAGAAUUUGCGAAGACAGGUGCACCUGACGUGCGCCGUCUCCCAUCUCUAGUUGUCUGCCCUCCUACGUUGUCCGGCCAUUGGCAGCAAGAGAUCAAGACUUAUGCGCCCUUCCUGAGCGUCACUGCUUAUGUUGGCCCGCCAGCCGAGAGAAAGAGUAUGAAGGAUAACCUGGACAAGACCGAUAUCGUCGUUACCAGCUACGACGUUUGCCGAAACGACGCCGACGUUCUUGCAAAAUACAAUUGGAACUACGUCAUCUUGGACGAGGGACAUUUGAUCAAGAACCCGAAGGCCAAGAUCACUAUUUCCGUCAAGAAGCUGGCCAGCAACCAUCGGCUAAUUCUGACCGGAACACCCAUCCAAAACAAUGUGUUGGAGCUCUGGUCCUUGUUCGACUUCUUGAUGCCCGGCUUCCUUGGUGCGGAGAAGGUGUUCCUGGACCGGUUUGCAAAGCCAAUUGCCGCAAGUCGCUUCAGCAAGGCGUCUUCUAAAGAACAAGAAGCAGGUGCUCUCGCUAUCGAGGCUCUCCACAAGCAAGUCCUGCCGUUCCUUCUGCGACGUCUCAAGGAGGAGGUACUGGAUGAUCUGCCACCCAAGAUCUUGCAGAACUACUACUGCGACUUGAGCGACCUCCAGAAGAAGCUGUUCGAUGACUUUACCAGAAAGCAAGGCAAGAAGCUGCAAGAAGAGGCCGGUCGUGAAGACAAGGACGCCAAAUCGCACAUUUUCCAGGCCUUGCAGUACAUGCGAAAGCUCUGCAACUCUCCAGCCAUGGUCAUGAAGCCCGGCCACGGCAUGUACGAAGAGACUCAACGCAUUCUUAACAAGCAAGGCACCAGUCUCGAGGAUCCGGUUCAUGCACCCAAAUUGACCGCUUUGCGAGACCUACUGGUCGACUGCGGCAUUGGUGUGGAAGAAGCCGAGUCGAACGAUCCUCUGUAUCAGCCAAUCAAGCCUCACCGCGCCCUCAUCUUCUGCCAAAUGAAGGAGAUGUUGGACAUGGUUCAGAAUACGGUUCUCAAGACUAUGCUGCCAGGCGUCACUCACCUUCGUCUAGAUGGUGGGGUCGAAGCCAACAAGCGACAGGACAUCGUCAAUAAAUUCAAUAGCGACCCGUCGUACGACGUCUUGCUUCUGACUACCAGUGUCGGAGGUUUGGGGCUCAACUUGACGGGUGCCGAUACGGUCAUCUUCGUCGAACACGACUGGAAUCCGCAGAAGGAUAUGCAGGCCAUGGAUCGAGCUCAUCGGAUUGGUCAGAAGAAGGUUGUCAACGUAUACCGCUUGGUGACCAGAGGCACUCUGGAAGAGAAGAUUCUGAGCUUGCAACGCUUCAAGAUCGAUGUAGCUUCAACCGUGGUCAAUCAACAGAACGCCGGCUUGGCCACCAUGGAUACAGACCAAAUUCUGGAUCUCUUCAAUCUUGGGGACACAGGGCCCAGUCUCAUAUCAGACAAGCCGCAAAACACGAUGGAGGGUAGAGAGGAGGAUAUGGUGGAUAUCGAAACGGGAGACGUCGUCACGGGCAAGCAACCGGGCAAGAAGGCUUGGCUUGACGAUUUGGGUGAUCUUUGGGACAAUCGCCAGUAUGAGGAGAGUUUCGAUCUGGAUGGUUUCUUGAAGACCAUGCAGUAAUAAAUACCCCCGACCACGGUCGUAUCAGUAGGAAGUUGGAGGGAGGCCGUUGAGAGCCUUGUGUAUGGAGUUUAGCCUGGCAUCUGGUUUAGACAAGAGCGACUUGGAUGCCUUUUCGAUAGGGAGGCUUGAGACCUCUCACGCAAUAGUGUACUCAUAACGAAACGUGUGCGCGGAAACACCUGUACUAUAUGAUACUAGCAAUUUAACGACUCAAACGACGCAAGUUGGGUGGAAGAAAACAGCUGAGCAUUUAAAUCACUUUGAC